CGACUAUAAACGGCGAACAAUAACAACCAGCAAGUUACUUCCGCUCAAUGAAUAUUACCAAAACAAAUAUGGCGACUUCCAGACAGGUCGGCAGUUUGCUGGCUGUAUCUGCCAGACUUUUGCGUCCUGGUUGUCAGAGUACUGGUUUUCACUGGCUUUCGCACAACACAGCGGUCAGGAGCAGAUGGCCUCAGCGUUGGGUUGUCCCUGGGAGGAGCAUGUUUGUACAGACACAGGACACGCCAAACCCAAACAGCCUCAAGUUUCUGCCCGGACGUGUUGUUCUCGAAUCAGGAACUAUGGAUUUCGCCAGCCCCCGUGAAGCGUACACCUCGCCCUUAGCUAGACAGCUAUUUAGGAUUGAUGGCGUCAAGAGUGUCUUCCUGGGUCCGGACUUUAUCACCAUAACCAGGGUUGAUACAAAUAUUGAAUGGAAAGUAAUGAAACCUGAUAUUUUUGCUGCCAUUAUGGACUUUUUCGCAUCUGGGGUUCCUGUUGUCAAUGAGGACGCCAAACCCAGUGAAGACACCGCACCAUCAGAUGAUGACGACGAGGUAGUUGCAAUGAUCAAAGAACUGUUGGACACUCGAAUAAGACCCACGGUGCAGGAAGACGGAGGAGAUGUCGUGUAUUGUGGCUUCGAGGAUGGCGUGGUGAAACUGAAGUUACAGGGAUCCUGCACCAGUUGUCCCAGCUCCAUUGUCACCUUGAAGAACGGAAUCCAAAACAUGCUGCAGUUUUAUGUCCCAGAGGUUGAAUCAGUCGAGCAGGUGAAGGAUGAGGAGGAGGCUGCUCAAGCGUGACGACCAUUUAAGUGAGGACAACAUGCGCACAUUCCUCUCAGCACUGGCCAAUAAGGAGCACCCAGGUGGCGAGAAUACAAUACGACGCACUAGGAGUAUUCUGAUCAUCAGCCACAGUUCUAUCAUAAAAUCACAUGAUUCAGAUUGUGUAUACUGAACAGUAUUUCGACAUAGGGCAACUUCUUUUCAGCCAUUCUAAUUUAUCAAAACACAUUAAGGAACGUGACCUCAAGUCGCGACUCCGAAUGGCUUUCUUGUUUAAAAACGCACAAUAUUUAUAUGAAUAAAGAGUACUCGUAAACUGUAAA